AUGGCCGAUAAACCGCGGAACGAUCAAGAGAAAAUACCUUUGCUACUGCUCAAAACCAAAUCUACGCCGACCGACGCCUACGACGAGUAUUUUACCGCUUUGGACGACGGCAAAUAUGAGCCCGUCUUCGUGCCCGUCCUGGAGCACAGUUUCAAGCAAGAUGCACUCAACCAAGUUCAGCAGCACAUUGAAAAGGGCGACUUUGCUGGUGUCCAUCCCGGCGGGCGGCCCAAGUAUGGUGCUAUCAUCUUCACCUCUCAGCGCGCCGUGGAAGCAUUCGCGCAAAUCGUGGAGAACGUAAGGAACAGGAAGGAUAGCCAUCUUCUCGAGGCCUUGCUCCCCAAGCACAUGCCACUGUACGUUGUAGGUCCGGCUACCGCACGCAGCCUGAAGUCAAUCAACUUGCAUUGUCCCAUAGUAGGCGAAGAGACGGGGAAUGGCCAGGCUCUUGCAAAAUUCAUACUAGACCAUUACAACGAGCUAUACGAGGGCGACGAUAAACCUCAUGUCUUGUUCCUUGUUGGUGAAAAGAGACGGGACGUCAUACCGAAAACGCUCCAGUCCCCGGACCUGCCCACAGGACAGAGGUUGGUUGUGCAGGAAUUGGAAAUUUACGAGACCGGUGAGAUGCAGUCUUUCAAGUCGAACUUCACGUCGAUCUGGCAGAACAAUGCAGUCUUGGGCAAGAUGCGGCAGUGGGUAGUAGUCUUUUCACCUACCGGCUGUCAAGCUAUGCUGGAAAGUUUGGGACUUCUGAGUCCUGGGCCGGGCAAGUCUACAGCAUCGAGCGCCACCCCAAGGGACGUCUCGAUUGUCACAAUCGGGCCGACCACCCGCGAUUACCUGAUAGAAGAGUUUGGAUUCACCCCAGAAGUUUGUGCCCCAAGGCCAAGCGCAGAAGGGAUAGCCGAGGGCAUGCAAAGCUUCCUAUCGCGUUCGGGUUGA